AGGGGAGGAAUGUGAUGAGGACAUAUACCGAAGAACGCCACCAAUUAGUUAGCUUAGCUAAUUAAUAGAUUCCAGCCUUGGAUGAUUCCACGGCGAACUAGUAUCAAACAGUUCUUCAUCCUCACGGAGCCUUCCCACGCCAAACCAGUAUCAGUCAGCUCUUCACCUCUACGAUCAGUUCGUCUUCACGUGAUCAUUGACGUCAAGAGUGACCUCAUAUUAACUGAUAAAAGCUGUGACAAGAAGGGGGCUCGGGGUCUGAGUUUAGUGCGUUAUAGUACAGUGUGUGUCUGUGUCCAGAGCGUUGAAGUGUAGUAGAGUUUUAGAGAGUCUUACAUUACACCUGUGAUUAGUCUUGUUAGUCUUGUGAAAAUACACUUAGUAAUUAGUAAGCCGAGUUGAAAGUCAUUUACAAGUUAAACAUUACAUCAUCCAAACAUCGUCAAACUUUUUCACUGUGAAGAGGACGCUGACUUUAUGUACUACGCAUUGGAAUUAUGUGACGCUGCUUUAUAUCAACUGUUUCUCAAUUCGGAUGAUCCCAAAAAAUACAAAGGACGUAUGCCACGUCAAAUUGAAGUUUUCCAUCAAUUAGCUACAGGCCUGGCAUACAUCCAUUCAACAAAAUUAAUUCAUCGAGACAUUAAACCGAGCAAAAUCCUCAUCAAGCAAAAGCCUGGAGAAGAUGAAUCAAUAAUAAUGAAAUGGUCUGGUUUUGACGUAGCCAAAUCCGUAAACGAAAAGGGAUAUCAUUCGUGGACUGGAGUGAUAGGAACCAGAAAAUGGUACGCACCCGAAGUGCUGGAAAAGCUCAUCAAAGGAAAAAAAUCGGACAACGAAGAGUUUUGGGGAACCGUCAAGAGCGAUGUGUUUUGUCUCGGCCUCAUCUUCGCUUAUAUUUUGUUGGAGGGAGAACAUCUAUUCGGUUCAAGUGAAUAUAAAAUUCACCAGAACAUAAUUAGAAACGAUCCGGUGAAUAUGAAGAAUAUUGAUGCCGAAGUGCGCAAAUAUUAUGCGGAUGACUUACUAACGAAAAUGUUGGAAUACGAUCCGGAAAAAAGAAUUAGUUCGGCAGAAGUCGUCCAACAACUGGAAUCCAUCAAGAAAAAGAUGGUGUUAUGA